AUGGUUCCUCACCCCCCCUCCCGGGCCAAACUGAUCUACCAGGGCCUACUGGCUGUCUUCUAUAACCUGGGAGACGGAGACUACAACCUGACACUGCCCUCCURUCGCCUGGACAAUGGUGAGUGGCACGAUGUCUACAUGGAUCGUCACGACAACGAGCUGACCCUGCGUCUGGAUGGGGGCGGGGGCAGACGGGAGGCCAGCGCGGCUCCAGGCCGGAGCCGAGAGAUCAUCACCGACCCAACAGUGGUGAUGCUGGGAAACGCCUUCCCCUCAGGCUCCAACAAGAGCUUCCAGGGUUGCAUGCGGGACCUGAGGCUGAACGGUCGAUACGUGCCUCUGGAUGGCCAGUCCAGAGACGGGGUCUCCGUGGUCAGUUCCCAGGGGCUCUCCGUGGGCUGCUCCUCCGACUCCUGCAAGAGGAACCAAUGUAGCCCCCCCUUCACCUGUGUCGACCUCUGGAGAGUCCAUGAGUGCAGGUGCCCCCCUGGCCACAUGGUGAAGCUGAAUGGUACGGGGAAGUUCUGCAUCUACACCCUGUGUGCCAGUCGGCCGUGCCACCGGGGCACCUGCGUGGCACAGUCGCCCUCCAAGUUCACGUGCCACUGCCCCGAGGGCUACCGG